UUUUGUUAUUCGCGCCCUUGCAGAAAACCUGGCAUCAUGGAGGACAACUGUGUCUGGAGUCAUGGGACUGACGUCGUAUGUACUGCUUUUUCCCCGAACAGCACAUGAAGAAUGCAAAAAACCUAGCCAGUAUUUCCUCGGCUUUCUCCGAACUCGUCUACUAACUUUCCAGGCUCGCUUGCUGGGUCGUGUUGCUCAUGCCACAGCUCAUUGAGCAAUGGCGGAUGAAAUCGGCCGACGGAAUUGCCAUUGGCUUCAUCUCAAUCUGGUUUUUGGGCGACGUGUUCAACUUGGCAGGCUCUCUCUGGGCCAGACUAUUACCGGAGGUCAUUUCGAUAGCCGUGUGGUUCUGCAUUGCGGACUUCAUGAUGAUUUUCUCGUACUUCUACUAUACGAGGAUCUACCCCCAGCACCACAAAACCAAGCCUGUGGCCAGCGCUGAAACUACGGAAAGUCAGAGCCCACAAGCUCCUUUGUUGAGAAGAAGGUCGUCUGCUCUCACCGAUAUUGCGCUUGAGCCGGAGGAAUAUAGCGUGUUCACAAAAUACAUACUUCCUGUUCUUUUUGUGAUUGGCGCCGGGUGUUUCGGUUACUUAUUUGCAGGCUCAGACUCAUCGGCGAACGACGGCCAGGAUGCGGACAUCCUGUUGGGUCCUCAGAUUGUGGGCUAUCUUUCUGCGUUUCUCUACUUGGGCGCGCGGAUCCCCCAAAUCAUCCAAAACCAUAAAAGACGGUCCGUGGAGGGCUUGAGUUUGUUGUUCUUCAUGUUUUCCACGUUGGGCAACCUCACCUACGCGGGCCAAAUCCUCUUCUACAGAAGCGAUUCAACAUACCUCUUGUUGAACUUGAGCUGGUUGUUGGGUUCUCUCGGAACUAUCUUUGAGGACUGCAUCAUUUUCUUACAAUUCUACAUGUACAAGGGCCACCAUGAGGCCCUUCACAUUGCAUAGGGUGCACUGACUUUAUAAUUAGUUAAAUUGCAAUAUUUCAUACAUCUUACAAACCCAUCCCGU